UCCUCCCCACCAAAAGAAAAGUACUGGACUUCUAUUCAGCCCUGCCUCCCCCUUGGCAAGGGGCUGGAAGACCCGCCCUGGGCAGCAGCUGGAGGAGGAAGAAAGAAGAAAGGAAGGAAGAGAGGAAGAAAUAGAGAGAGAAAGAAACAAAGAAACCCAGCAAAGAAGGGAGAAAAAACGCCUGGAGAGAGAAUUUAUAUUCAUGUCCCUACCUGCUUGAUUUUCCUGCCAGGAAAAGUAAAGAUUGCAGUCUCCGAUUUUGCCUUCACGCCUCUGCUGAAAUUGUCUCUCCAAGGCCUCGGCCUCCAACAGAAAAUGUACUUUCCACAGUUGAUCUUAAGUCUUGCAUUAUCAGCUCUGGGUGGUUGCCUAGAAAUCAAGGUCCCCAAUGACCCCGCGGUGGCCCUCGUUGGCCAGGAUGCCACCCUUCGCUGCUCCUUCUCCCCGGAUGCCAACUUCAGCCUGAACGACCUCAGCCUCAUCUGGCAGCUGACUGACACCAAACGGUUGAUACACAGUUUUUCUGAUGGCCAGGACCAGUUGGCCAACCAAGAAAGCAGCUACGCCAACCGGACCUCCCUCUUCUAUGACCAGCUGCCUCGGGGAAAUGUCUCCCUGCUCCUUCGGCGAAUCCAGAUUUCCGAUGAAGGGAGCUUCACUUGUUUUGUCCGGGUCCGGGACUAUAGCAGCGCUGCCGUGGCAUUGCAAGUUGCAGCCUUCUAUUCCAAGCCCAAUUUGAACCUGGAACCCAACAAGAACCUGAAGCCUGGAGACCUGGUUACGAUGACGUGCCACACUUUUUCUGGUUACCCCGAGGCCAUGGUCCUUUGGCACGAUGGCCAAGGGAACAACAUCACGGAGAACAUCACCACCUCCCAAGUGGCCAACGAGGAAGGCCUUUUCGAUGUGAGGAGCGUCUUACGGGUGGUCCUUGAACCCAACAGCACAUAUAGUUGCCUGGUGAAGAACCCCUUGCUUCAGCAGGAGACCCAUGCUUCAGUCACCAUCACAGGCCAGCACCUUCUUUUUCCAGCUGUGGCCCUCUGGGUCACUGUUGGUUUGACCAUCUGCCUUGUCAUCCUCUUGAUCGCCUUGGCCUACGUGUGCCAGAAGAAAAUCCGCCAGAGCUGCAAAGAAGAGAAAGAGAAAGCCGGGAUAGAGGAACAGGAUGAAGGAGAAGGAUCCAAGACAGCUUUGCAGCCUCUGAAGAGUGUGGAUAUCAAAGAAGACAUGGGAGAAGAAAUAGACUGACAGGAACAGGAGAGAAUGCCGUGAUAACCCCAGAUUGGUCCUGCUCUGUGGGCUCUUCUUUCAGCAGUUGACUGUAGAAAACAUUGGAGAACCUUGAGGAGACCUCCCAUCUUCUGUUUACCAGUUUCAGUCACCCAAUUCCCCUUUAUUCAUACUCCUGUGUAAACUCUGGAUAGACCUGGUUGCAUUGCCUUGAGGCUCCCAUCACAUGUCUAGAAUUGAGAAGAAAGACUACAGCAUUCUCUUUACUGGGUGUCUUACCUUCCUUCCAUCUUUCUCAUUUGGAGUCAUGACACCCAAAGUCCCUCUUUGCUGAUUUUUUGUUGUUGUCACUAUGGUUGCUCUGCUCGAACAGCAUUGAUUUUGGACAUGAAAAGGGAGCAUGGGCAAACCUGAUGUUCUCCAUAAUUAUUAUACCAAAGAGAAGAGCAUUGCAACUGGAACUACUUUGCUGUGUCACUACUUCC